AUGGUGUUAAAGCACAUAAAGAGUAUGCUGGGAAUAGAACACUUAGAAGUAGCUGGCAAUUUGUACUGCAACAAAGCAAUAAAGAUAAAAGACGCAACUAUUACUAUAGCAGACAGCAAAUUGGUCGUAGAGGGAGAGAGCAAGAGCGAGUUUAUCUUUUCAGACAUUUCGUACAUUGAUUUCUCGAAGACGGAAAGCAAUGAAGUUUCUGUUUAUUUUUUAACCAACUCCAAAAACAAGACAGAAAGCAAAUGGAUCUUUGUGUUUAGACAGAACAUCCCGCGGACCAUCGUCCAGUUCUACGGGAAAAUAUUCCCGCACCAGCCAAAAAUCAACGGAUGGACUGUUUUAUUCACAAAUGACUCCGUUUCUUUAAAGAAGUACAACCAAAACACAGAAGUGUACGAUCUGGUCGACAGCUCGGUGAGCGUGAGAAUGAUAAAAAUAGAAGAAAGUGUUUUCAUAAGAGUGUACAAAGAGUACGAAAUACUCAGAAAAGGCGACCUGAUUCAGGACUACUCCAAUUUCUAUGUGGACCAAGAGACAAACAGCUUCUCCUGGCACCUGUCCAGCGACACGCACGGGCUGGAGGUGUACAGGCUGAUAUUCAGCUCGCUUCCCGUCUUAUUCUCGUUUAUUUCCUCGUUUGUCAGCGCUACAACAGAAGAAGCAGCGUACGUGGAGAAGAUGGAGAUAGACAACUACAUGGACUGCGAGAUAAGCGAAGAGUCCGAAGAGAGCGAAGAAGAAAGCGAAGAGUCAUCAGAUGAAAGAGUUCUGAACAGCAAAAUCUCUGAUAGAAAAGUUUUGAAUAAAAAAACAGCAAACGGCAAAAAGUCAUCCGGAAAUAUAUUCGGAGGACGGGAUAAAGUAAAGAACAAGGCGCUGGCAGUGUCUACAGACAACACCUUUAUAUCGCGUGGAAAUGCCAUAGGAGUCUUCCAGAACAACCCAGAUGACCUGGCUUUUGUUAGCACUCUAUCUGCGAAUUUGAAAAACAAUCAGGAAAUUGUUCCCGAUAAAAUGAUAGCCACAAAUGGCAAUCUCAUCAUGACCGACUCAAACAACCCGCAGGUCAUCCACAAACUAGACAUGAACUCAGGGAAAGUUGCUGACUCCUGGGACACAUCGAACGAAAUAAGAGACUUCUUUAGCUACAAAUCAGACUCUAACGAGCUCCUGGGAAUAUCAAGCAACAAACUGUUCAAAAUAGACCCAAGAUGCAGCUCGGUUAUAAGCGGCAAGGAGUACGCUAGCAAUACUAAGUUUAGGUCAGGAGAUGCAACCAAAAACGGAUAUUUCGCCAUUGGCUCUGAUUCUGGGGACAUUCGGCUCUACGACUCAAUCGAUAAAAGAGCUAAGACCCUGCUCCCAGGCCUAGGAGAUGCUGUCAUGGGCGUAUUCAUCUCGCCCAGCGGAAAAUACCUCGUGGGAACGUGCAAGACGUAUCUUAUGCUCGUGAUAACGGAGAACGAAAGCGUAAGCGGAUUUAAAACCAGCUUGGGGCAGAAGAAGCCUGUGCCUAAGAAGCUGAUUGUGCGGCCUGAGCACCUGCACUACUUUGGAGGAGCUGUUAAUUUUACGAAUGCGAGCAUAAGCACAGACAAAGACGAGAAGUACGUGAUAGUUAGCACGGGAGAGUGGGUUAUUGUGUGGGACAUGGCGAAGGUGCUGAAGGGAGACGUAUUUAGCUACCAGAUCAAGAAGAAUGAGCACUGUGUUGUGUCGAAUAGCUUUAUCCCCGGGGACAGCGACAAGAUCAUUGUGGCAAUGGACGACGAGAUGGCAAUGGUCUCUCGGCAGACCCUAAAGAAGGCAAAAAAACCCAGUAAAUAA